ACAGUGUGUUGCCAGUUUGAUGAGUCAUGAGUUUUGCAUGUCCCAGAUAUCUGCUGCUGUAUAAAUAAGCGUCGCAGCAAGAUGCGAAGCAGCUUCAGACGGUCUGGAGUGUCAGGACACACUUUGAGGUUUUUCUGAUCAUUACCUGCUGGCCUUUGAAGCGUCAGAGAGGAUGCUAAUGAUGAUGAUGAUGAAAAUAAAGAAGGGGUCCAAGUUGCUGGCUGUGGUUGCGCUUUUCCUGGCCUCGGUCCACUGCAUCCUACCACCGACUAAAGAAGAUCUGCAACAAAUCUCACGUCGAGGAGAGAAGUACCUGGAUGUUCAGAUUGAAAAUGCCAUCAAUGGCGUCAAGGAGAUGAAGACCUUGAUGCAGCAAUCGUCAGAGGACCAUAAGAGGGUUUUGGAUGAGCUGGAGAAAACUAAAAAGCAGAAAGAGGAGGCCAUGGUGGCUGCUCAAAAGAUGGAGGCCAAGCUGGAUGAAGAGGAGCAGGUUUGUAACGACACCAUGAAGGCUCUAUGGGAGGAAUGUAAGCCUUGUCUGAAGAGAAACUGCGUCAAGUACUACUCCCGCACGUGCAGCAGUGGAUCCGGAAUGGUGGGCCGCCAGUUGGAAGAGCUGCUGAACCGAACGUCUCCCUUCUCCAUUUGGAUCAACGGGGAGAGGAUUGACACACUUGAGCAGGAAGGCCAACGUCAGAACAAAGAGUUCAAGGACCUGGAAGACAAAUACUCCGAGAUGGCUGACGGCGUGGACGGCAUAUUUUCCGACAGUAUGAAGGUGGCUGACCACGUGCACUCCAACCCUCACACAUUCAUUUUGCCCAAUUUCUUCCCAUCUCGCUGGCGUAGAAGCAUUCACGCCCUCUUCCACGAGUCUUUCCCCAGCUUCCAGGGAUUGUUUUCCCCCAUGAUGAACAUCGGCAGGAACAACUUCGGCUCUUUCGGCUCCUUCGGCUCCAUGAUGGACUUUGACACAGACGCCCCUGUUGACGAGGAUGGCAAAGUGAAUGAAGACGUGGUCAUCACCAAACCUUUCGGAGACGGUAUGAUGACCUGCAGGGAGAUUCGCCGCAACUCGGCCGGCUGCCUCAAGUUCCGUGACGAGUGUGAGAAAUGCAAGGAGAUUGAACAUAUUGAUUGUUCUGGAAAGAAACCCCUGGAAGGCCCCCUGAAGGAGGAACUUGAGAAUGCCCUGGCCAUGGCCGAGCGAUUCACCCAGCACUAUAACGGCCUCUUAAAGCGAUUUGAAGAUCACAUGUUCAACACAUCCUCCAUCAUGGACCUGCUCAACAGGCAGUUUGGAUGGGUGUCAUCUCUGGUCAACAACACCAACUCCAAGGACGACAUCUUCCAAGUUGAGACGGUGAACAGCAGGGCCCCCGUACAAAAGCCCGGUGAAGAUCUUGAGCAGCCUGACACCAGCGUGUCUGUCAAACUCUUCAACUCGCCACCCAUUAAAUUUAACGUGCCGGGCGACAUCCCUUGGAAUGACCCCAAGUUCUCUGAGGUGGUAGCCCGGGAGGCUUUGGACCGCUACAAGGAAACCACUGUCAUUGCCAAAUAAAGGUGGAUUUGUGCACGAUUCUGCUCGAUCUAAACACACCUGAAAAUGAUGCACAUCUCGCUGCAGCUCACCAUCCGCUGUAUGUCCUCUCACGUCCUGCUUCUACCAAGUUUAACAUCAAAAGGCGCAUUUAGAUAUUGUCCUGCUGGAAGAGAAAAUAUUUAGUAGAGAAUUGUCUGCAGCAACUUUAAGCUGACAUGGCUAGUAUACACUACAAGUAGACCUGCUUGACUUACAACACGAAUGCCAGUUUGUUGUAAUAGUCUUGCAAACACUGACAGAUUUAGAGGAAGGCAAUUAUUAACUGUUCUGUAUUGCUUUGCCCACCUUUGAGAUACACCUUAGCAAUAAUAAAGCACUGCAGAGAAUAAAACAUUCCUAAAACCA